UUCAUAUCCAAUUCAUCAUUCAAUGACUAUUCUUAUUACACAAAUGUCAUUUCUUUUGCUUCUAUUUUUAUCUAUCUUCACAUUCCACAAAACCAUGUCUACCAAUUAUCACAGGAUGGUUUCAUGCAAUGAGACAGACCGAGAGAUACUAUUAAUCUUCAAAGAAGGAAUCAAUGAUAGUCAUGGUCGAAUUUCAUCAUGGACAAGUGAAAACAAUUGUUGUACUUGGGAAGGAGUCCAUUGUGACAACAAUACGGGAAGAGUUACACGAGUGGAGCUACCCAAGUCUUUGAAAGGUGAGAUGAAUCUUUCGAUUUUAAAACUUGAGUUUCUAAGUCAUUUGGAUUUGAGUUUCAAUGAUUUUGAUAGGAUAAGUAUUCCAUCCAAUCACCAAAACAUCACAUAUGGAUCUAAACUUCUAUACCUUGACUUAUCAUGGAAUGAUUUUAUUCACAUGGAUAAUCUUGAAUGGCUUUCUCCACUUUCUUCUUUGAAAUAUCUCAACCUCACUGGAAUUCAUCUUCAUAACAAAACCAAUUGGCUUCAACCAUUGGAAAAAAUUCCUUCACUAGUAGAGUUACAGUUACAAUAUUGUAACAUAAUUAACCUCAUGCCCAACCCAUAUCUUGAAUAUUUGAAUUUGUCUUCACUUAUAACUCUUGAUCUUUCAUACAACAACAUCACCUCUCAUUUACCUAAUUCAUUUUUUAAUCUCACCAAAGAUAUCACCUAUCUUGAUCUUAGUCACAACCAUAUACCAGGUGAGAUACCUUCAAGCUUGCUAAACCUUCCAAAGUUAAGAAAACUUCAUCUCUCCCAUAACCAACUCAGAGGAUCAAUUCCAGAUGAAAUAGGCCAAUUACCACAUAUUCAAACACUCGAUCUUUCCAUGAACGUGUUAAAUGGUUUCAUUCCUUCAAAUCUUGGAAACCUCUCAUCCUUACGUUACUUGGAUCUUUCCUCUAAUAAUUUCUCCGGUCAUAUAUCAAAAACAACUUUCUCCAAACUCAAUAGUUUAGAUUCACUAGACUUGAGUAGUUCAAAUGUUGUAUUUCAAUUUGAUUUUGAUUGGGUUCCUCCUUUUCAGCUUUCUAGUCUAGUUUUGUCACAUUCAAAUCAGGGCCCAAACUUUCCAUCUUGGAUAUACACACAAAAAUUACUUGAAUAUUUUGAUUUAUCGAGCUCGGGGAUUUCCAUAGUAGAUCGAAAUAAGUUUUUGAGCAUUAUACAAGGAAUAUCAUAUCUUACUUUGUCAAAUAAUUCGAUAUCUGUAGACAUAUCAAACAUAACACUAAAGGGUGGUUAUUUAGAGUUGGAUCACAAUAAUUUCACAGGAGAACUCCCCAACAUAUCACCAAUGUCUGCAGUAGUUGAUUUGUCUUACAACUCCUUUUCAGGAUCAAUUCCACAUACUUGGAAUAGCUUGAAAAUGUUAAGUUUCAUUAACUUGUGGAGGAAUAGGCUAUCUGGUGAAGUUUCAAUGGACCUCACUAGUCCUAGUUUAAAUUACAUUAAUUUAGGAAAAAAUGAAUUUUUUGGAACCAUUCCAAUCAUCCUGGCACAAAACUUACAAGUGGUCAUAUUGAGAGCUAACAAAUUUGAAGGAAACAUUCCAUCACAGUUAUUCAAUCUUUCUUAUUUGUAUCAUUUGGACCUUGCACAUAACAAACUUUCAGGUUCUAUGCCAAAGUGUGUAUACAACUUGACUCAUAUGGUUACUUAUAAUGUGGGUUUACAUUGGUCAAAUGUUAUAAUUGAUUUGUUUACAAAAGGUCAAGAUUAUGUGUAUAAAAUUAAGCCGGAAAGGCGAACUAUUGACCUUUCAUCCAAUUGCUUGUCUGGAGAUUUACCGUCGGAAUUAUUUCAGCUUGUUCAAGUUCAAACGUUAAACUUAUCUCACAACAAUUUUUCUGGAACAAUACCAAAGACGGUAGGAGGAAUGAAAAAUAUGGAAUCUCUAGAUCUCUCUAGUAAUAAGCUUAAUGGUGAAAUUCCUCAGAGCAUGAUUCUCUUGAACUUUUUAGAGUAUUUGAAUCUAUCUAACAACAAUUUAAAAGGAAAAAUCCCAAUAGGAACUCAACUUCAAAGCUUUAAUGCAUCGAGCUACAUUGAAAAUCCAAACUUGUGCGGAGCUCCUCUAAACAAUUGUACCACUGAAGAAGAAAGUCCUAAAACUGCAACACCAUCUAGAGAAAAUGAGGAUGACGACUCUAUAAAAGAAUCAUUAUACCUUGGUUUGGGAGUUGGAUUUGCAGUAGGUUUCUGGGGAAUUUGUGGUUCUUUGUUUCUGAUCAGAAAAUGGAGACACGCAUACUUCCAGUUUGUUGAUGGAGUGGGUGACAAGCUCUAUGUAACUUUGAUGAUAAAGUUAAAAAGCUUUCAUAGAAAUUGAGCUACUGCUAGAAAAGGUGAAUAUAUGCGUACUUGAGAUCCUGCAUUGUUAUGAGAUGAGAUCAUAUGUGAUUGUACGGGAGGGAAUAGAUGCUAAAUUCUUAUUCUACUUGUUGUAGUGUUCUCCCCUUAUGUUAUAAGUAUGUUUGUCCUUAAUUUUUGUGCAACAUAUAGUAAUUAUGGACAAUUUUGUUCAUGUUAUGGGUUUUAUGAAGAAAUUUUAAUUUUAAUGUUGGACAAUGAGUAUUUUAAUUUUUUUAUAUUUCAUCGAACUUGGUCGCAUAUAUGA